UCUCUUUUCUUUGUAAGAGAGAGAGGAAAGGGUUGUGCGUGAGAGUGUGACAAAAAUAGGAAGCUUACGUGUGUAUUUGGGGGCUUGGCCUGUAUUUAUGCAUGCAAAGCAAAGGAAAAUUUUACUGUGUGAUGAAAUUACGAUCGAGAGGGUUUUGUUUUUUUGUGGGGAUGUUUUUCUUCUGGAGCCCAUUGUGGGAUCAAGUUUUGAGCUUUGUGAUUGGGUCUUUUUGAAAGUUUAUUAAGGAGGGCUAUACAGACAAUACCUGUUGAAGAUGAGGGUUGGAAGGAAGAGAGAGAAAGCUGUUGGAAAAAAGCUGAAAGUUUAAAAGUAAGUUAAAAGAAAGCUGAGUGAGGUAACCGAAAGAGGAAAAGAAAGCUUUUGCCUUCCUCUAUUCUAUGUCCUUCUUCUCUUAGCUUCCCAAACCUCCAUCGCUAACACAGUCACUGAACACUUUCUAUUAUCAUACAUGUUAGUCAAUACCUCAUCUCCCUCUUCAGUUCCCACUUCUGAGCCAUUUUCCUGCGCUGAAAAUGGUACUGCAGUUAGUAAAAGGAAGAGAAGGCCUGCAGGAACACCAGAUCCAGAUGCAGAAGUGGUUUCCCUCUCACCCAAGACCUUGCUGGAAUCGGAUCGUUAUGUGUGUGAGAUCUGCAACCAGGGAUUCCAGAGGGACCAAAACCUUCAGAUGCACCGUCGGCGGCACAAGGUGCCGUGGAAGCUGCUGAAGAGGGAGACGCCGGUGGUGAAGAAGCGAGUGUUUGUAUGCCCGGAGCCAAGCUGUUUGCACCAUGACCCGUGCCAUGCCCUCGGUGACCUCGUUGGCAUAAAGAAGCAUUUCAGAAGGAAACACAGCAGCCACAAGCAAUGGGUCUGUGAGAGAUGCUCCAAAGGCUACGCGGUGCAGUCUGAUUACAAAGCACAUCUCAAAACCUGUGGCACCCGAGGCCACUCCUGCGAUUGUGGCCGCGUUUUCUCAAGGGUGGAAAGCUUUAUUGAGCACCAAGACGCGUGCAACGUGGGGCGGUUGGGGCCAGAAACACAGGCAGCUGCAUGCUUAUCUCGAACUGCUUCAAGCCCUUCAAGCGACACCAAUUUCAGCACAGGUGGUCCUUGGCCAGGAGCAGGAAGUGCAAUGAUUCAAAAGCCCACCGUAAUAACAGAACCCUCAUUCACCGACCCUACCAUUGCCACCAACACCAACGCCAACAAACUCCACCCUAACCUGGAGCUUCAGCUCUCUACAGUCGCUCCUACUGAAAAGAGAGACGGAAACCACUCCACACACACACAGUUGCAGCUCCUAUCCAUGGGAGAAAGAAUGGACAAGUCAUUGGGUGAAAGGGUUCAACAGGAGGCACGUGAGCAGCUGAGGAUAGCGAUGGCGGAGAAAGCGUUUGCAGAAGAAGCAAGGAACCAAGCAAAGAGGCAAAUGGAGCUCGCGGAGCUUGAGUUCUCUAACGCCAAGAGGAUAAGACAACAAGCCCUUGCGGAACUAGACAAAGCCUAUGCCUUGAAGGAGCAUGCAAUCAAACAGAUCAACUCAACCAUGCUUCAAAUCACUUGCCUCGCUUGCAAGCACCGUUUUCAAUCGCGAACCAUACCUCCCCCGGCCCCGGAUGAUAACUCUUUCGUCUUCACCUACAUCACAACGGAAGCUGCCCAAGUAGAAAAACAUCGUGUCAAAAUUAACUCUUAGACUUCUCUUUCUACAUUCUCCAUUCAUAUCAUAUCCCACCUUAAUUUUAUUAUUGUUUCUAUUACUAUAUAUUGUUUUGUUUUUCUACCCUAAUUAAUAUCUUUUGUGAAUUGGUAUACCACCAUGUGAAGUGAGUGCUACGGUUAUGUAAGUGAGAUUGAGGUGGUCGAGAAAAGGAGUAUUAUUAUUAAUGUAAAUUAGUCGCAGUUUGUGCCA